AUGCCAGCUGUCUGGAGGAUGUUCUGGUGUCGUCCUCUCUUCCUUCUGGCUUGUGGUGUGUUUUCUCUUGACAUCGAAGGUUGUGGUGGAACAAAGUAUCAGCUUCGAGUAUCAACCUCGAGUAUCAACCUCGAGUAUCAGCUUCAUAUCUUCCAGAACAACUACUGCACUGGCACGCCCGACGACCACAAGUCUCACCUCUGGUCGAAAGUCCAUUCUCUCAGAAGUGGUCGAACAGAUACAGUUUCUCGCGCAGACAGACUGAUCGCUAUCAAGUAUCUGACAACAAUGGGGAGCACCACCGGCCCAAUGCGCUCUCUACGGAGCAACACAAACAUUCCACCGGAAGAGCCAUCUGCUCAGAAGUUGUUCAACAACAUCCGAAAAGUGAUAUUGAACACAAAUCACCCUGCUGACUUGACUUUUCAAAAUAUUCCUCCUUCUACCGGAUUCCAGAUCGCAACUUCAUUUUCAGAGGAUCCCGAGAUUGAAAGAGCUCUUCCCCGGAUUUCCUACAACCCGUUGACUCAAGCCCUGACCGCCCGAGUUAUGCCGACUGUGGUUCAUGACUGCCACCAGGAGUGGCUUUCAAAUGAGCUGCUUGAUAUGGUUGUAGUCGGGUUCUUGACGGUAGCAGAAAGAAAGGAACUCAAUCUCCGGGUUGGAACGACUUUUAAGGGUUUUGCAACUCCGUACACCUCCGCUACAAAAGAGCCCGAUGCGUGUAUCCUCCCAGACACCUUACCAUUACCAACAGUCGCUGUCGAGACAGGCUGGUCAGAGUCUUGGCCACGGUUGAAUGCCGACAAGGAUCUCUGGCUUGUCGGAGGUGCAUCUGUUGAACUAGUACUAUUAAUUCGAUGGACAAAGAUAAGUGGCGGUAGGGUAAAAGGGGAUUUGCAUGUUCAUGGAAAGGAUCCUGCUGGCAAUGUUGUCUUACUACAGACUGAGCCGAUUUUUCCUGCGCCGGCAGGUAAUGUAAACCAGGUGGUUCCCAUAUCAAGAAGGCAACUCUUUGGCAGCUGCAUCUUCCCUGGUAGGAAUCCGGGGGAUAUUUACAAUCUUUCCGUUGCAAACUUGCGCGGAAAGGCAGACGGGCCCAUUAGGUCUAUGGGCUUUAUUCCAGCCUAG